AUGUUGAAAUUGCCCUAUAGGCCGGUUUUCCGCACAUUGAAGCAGUUACGGUUGUAUUCUAAUACUCCGGUGAAAGAUAUCGUGGCGGAUGGGAAGACAUACAAAGUUGACAAUUGGACCAAUGUUCCUCCAUAUAUUCUCGAGCUAACAAAACGUAAACUUUACAAAAACCCUAAUCACCCUAUUGGGAUUCUUCACGAUUUAAUAAAGACAAGUGUAAAUGGGAUGGGAUAUACAGUGUAUGAAGACUUCACACCUAUAGUUACCAAAUAUGAAAAUUUUGAUAGUUUAGGAUUCCCAGAAGAUCAUCCAGGAAGAUCAAGAUCGGACACAUACUAUUUGAAUCGUGAUCACCUUUUGAGGACUCACACUUCUGCUCAUGAGCAACAAUGUUUUACUGAAUGCGCAACACCAGGAUACCUAAUUUCUGCAGAUGUGUAUCGAAAAGAUGAGAUUGAUCGAACCCAUUACCCUGCAUUCCACCAAUUAGAAGGGGCUAGGGUGUGGGAUAGAAAUGAUCCUAACCUUUUGGAGAACAUACGCAAAGAUAUUGACGAGAUCCCAAAAACAAAUAUAAUAGUGGAAGAUGAAUUCAGAGAAAACCCAGUUACUGCAAACAAUCCAAAUCAACAACAUUUAAAGGAAGAAGAGGUCAAACUUGUUGCUGAACAUUUGAAGAAAACUGUUGAGUUUAUUGUCUAUCAAGUAUUUGAAAAGGCAAGACAAUCUGCAAAAGAGCAAGGGUUGACUAUGGCCUAUCUUGAUGAGCCCUUGAAAGUAAGAUGGGUUGAAGCCUAUUUUCCAUGGACUUCACCAUCCUGGGAAAUUGAAGUUUGGUGGAAGAAUGAAUGGUUGGAAUGUUGUGGAUGUGGAAUUGUUCAGCAACAAGUGUUAUUGAAUUCUGGAAUUGGAGAAGACAAAAUUAGUUGGGCAUUUGGAAUUGGGUUAGAUAGAAUUGCCAUGCUAUUGUUCAACAUUCCUGAUAUCAGGUUAUUCUGGAGUUUAGAUGAAAGAUUCCAUAACCAAUUCAAACAAGGACAAAUCAAUACCUUUGUGCCGUAUCUGAAGUAUCCUGGUAUCAAACGAGAUGUAUCGUUUUGGUUGGAUAGAGAUUUGCAUGCUAAUGAAGUCAUGGAAAUUGUGAGGCUGCAUGCUGGAGAUUUAGCUGAGAGUGUUAGUUUGGUCGAUGAAUUUGUUCAUCCAAAGACACAAAGAAAAUCACUGUGUUUUAGAAUAAAUUACCAGUCAAUGGAUAGAAACUUGACUAAUUUAGAGAUAAACGAAAUUCAUGAUAAAGUUGAAAACGAUUUAGUCGAGCAAUUUAAUGUUGAGAUUAGAUAG